GAGAGUAUUCGCACCCGCACGCCGUCCAUAAGUGCCUUUUUCAUUGAUGUCCAAGGCAGUCAAAAGAGGCAUUUCGCAAUUUAACUGAUUACAAAAUCAGCACUGUUAAGUCAUCGACUUCUGUGCGGUCGUUACGUGUACACAGGCCCUUAUAAGAGGCCUUUUGGCUAGCCGUCUGCAUUUCACGCAUAACAAGCUGGAUAUCCGCAAGGUGAAUGGCGUUUAGCAUGUUUGGUAAAAUACACUACGGGUAGCUUGAUUUUCUCUGGUGGUAGAUCUCAGUGCCAGAAGUAGCUAUUUGUUAUUAAUCCUUUGUUUCGGAAAUAAUUUCGUAUUCUUUAAAUGGAAUUUUAUGAUUUUAAAAAAGGCCUGCAUAAAACUUUCAUGAUUCUCUUUUAGCAUGGCGACCGAAGGUGCAAGUACCAGCAAGUCAACAAACAAAAAAAACGCGCCUACUCGAUUUUUCCCAGCACUUGACAUUCUUCUUCUCAGAGAACUGGUUGCGGUACAACCAACAACUAAGCCAGCGUGGGAUGAAGUCCACCAACAUGUGAACACAGCUUUGACGGAGGUGAAGCGCGACAGCUUUGUCACUCUCCGGGCAUGCAAGGAUAGGGUGAAAACUCUCCAAGAGGCUCAUACGAAGGACGAGUUGAAAUCUCUUAGAGCGUCUGGGACAGAUGAGGAAUACGACGAGCGAGCCCAGCUGCUUACUGAGUUGGCCAGCCUUAGCGAGGAAAGGGCGGCCAAAAAGCAGGAAGAAAAACCCGAUCUCAAGGAAGCCCAGGGACGACAAAUACGCCAGGCUGCUAUGGAGACGCUGAAAGUAAGAGACGAUCCGGAAGAACACGCGGAUGGUUUUGAUCGUGAGUUGGACGGAGCUGAUGAAAAUCUCGAACAUCAUGGAAAGAAAGCUGCGAAUUGCACCACCAAGCCGGCAACGAAGAAGCGUCGAACUGAUUCUGCAGAGUACGUGACGUAUCUAAAAGAUAAACUUUCCUUUGAAAAAGAGCGUUUCGAAGUAGAAAAGAAGGAAAGAGAGGCGAGGAUCCAGAGGGAUCAGCAAAUGAUGGAAAUGAUGAUGGCGUUGGCCAAAAACAAAAAUUAGAUGCUGCUCGCAACGAUGUAAGAUUUGACAAAUAAAUAAUU